UUACUGUGCAGGCAGGCAGUGGGAGGGAGAAAUGUGUCACGUUGAAAUACUUUUCUGUCUUUGGGGUUUGGUUGGGUACUCAUUCAUUUAAGAAGGCUUCUGCCGACGUCUCAAACUUUCGUUUUCUGUGAGUGGCUUUGUGUGUGCCCCCCAAUGUUGCUGGACGAGACACCCCUAUUCGAACCCUCCCUUCUGGAGGAACUGGACUGGGCGGCCAGUGCUGUGUCCUUCUCUCCCCCCAUCACCCCCACUCAGCCUGGGGAGGGUCUGGUCCUACGGCCCCUCUGCACAGCUGAUUUUAACAGAGGAUACUACAAAGUGUUAUCUGAGCUCACAGUGGCAGGAGAGGUGACCCCUGAGCAGUUUAUCAAGAACUUUGAGCACAUGAAAAUGUCUGGCGAUUAUUACGUCGUAGUGGUAGAGGACACACAAGUCGGACAAAUUGUUGCCACGGCAACUUUGAUCAUAGAACACAAAUUCAUCCACAGCUGUGCAAAGAGAGGACGAGUUGAGGAGGUGGUUGUAAGCAGCACGUGUCGAGGAAAACAGCUAGGCAAACUGUUAGUGUCGACCCUCACCCUCCUCAGUAAGAAACUGCAGUGCUACAAAAUAACACUGGAAUGUGCCAAAACCAAUGUGGAGUUUUACAAGAAGUUUGGCUACUCUGUUUCUGAGGAGUCUUACAUGCAGUGUCGCUUCUUCGACUGAACUCUGAAGUCAUCACUGUGGAGAAUCAGCUUUGUGUGUGUGUGUGUGUGUGUAUGUGUGUGGCACGGCGCGGUCCCCUGAAAGCCCCCCCUUCAUCAUGCCCAUAAUGCACUGGGGGAACUAGCCUACCUUGGCCAUGAGAGUGUGUCUACCUACCCUCAUCAUCCUCAUCCUCAGGGUUCAGGACCUGGUGAAAGAAGGCAUUUCUGCCAUAGCAGGAAAAUCGUGAAGUGGACACUCACUGACAUGCAUGCGUAGGCAGCCGUGUAUUUAAUGUCUUGAAAUUGGGCCAAAAGUCAAUCCGUAAAUGAAAGACAAACAGAAAUACUACCAGUGUGCAUGUGGGCUGGUAUUCACUCAUGCACAGCAAUGUGGAUAGACUUGUUUGGGACAGUUUACGUUUCAAUGAAAACAGAUAAGGCCCUACUGUUAAUUGCCUCGAAUGUAAUUUAUGUCAUGAACAUUUUGUAACUUUUCUCAGUUGAAGUAUCCAAAGAUUUUUGCAAUUGAAACAGAUAUCUUAAUAUAUAUUGAAACAGAUAUCUUAAUGAUAUAUAUAUUGAAACAGAUAUCUUAAUAUAUAUUGAAACAAAAAAAAAAAUCAAGUUUGGGUUUUUCUCCUUACUCCUUACUUUUAUAUUUUGUUCUCGGAUUUAUGGCAUAAGGUGUUGUAAUGGAUGAGACCAGAUGAUUUGUGGCAUAAGGUGUUGUAAUGGAUGAGACCAGAUGAGUUGAUCACUGGUCUAAAUGUGUUUCUUAUUGAACCUCUGGUUGAACAUCUAUCAAAUAGAUAUUAUUCUGAGCAAUGGAUAUUUUUGUUUCCUUUUAAAAACUAUUUUAUUAGAAAAAAAACAUGGGGUGUAAAAGAGCUAUAAUUUAUUAACAUGGUGAGAGGUAUUUGGGAUUGUUAUGGUAAUGGACAGACAGCUCAAAUAAGAUGAACAUGUCAACAUGUUAUGGAAGAAGCACUUGAAGGAUUUUAUUUUGAUGUCCAGGUGUUAUUAAAGUCUUAUUUAUUCAACUUAA